AUGCAAUCCAUGUGGAUCAUCGUUUUAUUGGCUUCCACCGCUUCGCUUGCCCUCUGCUCGGCGACGUACGAAGACUACGAGACACCAGUGGACAGCUACGAGAUGGCGGAUUAUAUGUCUAAGCCAGAAGAUGGAUUCACAAAACGCGCCACGUCUUCUGCCGACCGCCUCGCCGCGAUUCCCCGCUCCGGUUUGAUGAUCUCCGGACGUGGAUGGAUGCCAGGAUUUGUGGAUCAGCCACGUGUUUUCAAACGAUCAAUCCCUCUUCACAAGAUCUUGGUACGACCGAUGAACGUUCCCGUUGCGUAA